ACAGAAAGGCAAUACAAAAGGCGUUCAACUCGGGCAGGUGACAUCGUAAUUCGUACGUCAAUCAAAUCGGAGAUACCACGAGGAAAUGAGGUUAGCUCAUUAAUUAAUAUUUAAUUAAUGAUUCGCACCUUAUAAGUACAUGAUUUAGUCAGGGGUUGAUCACCCGUUGAAUUUGAAACAACCAUUAUUGCUUCAAACAACAAACGAGGAACAAUGGGUUCUCACUCUCAGACGGUUGAGUUGUUGAGAGAGGAAAUCCCAGUGACACAACAACCUCUGUUCUUAUCCGAAGACAUCAAAACUGGUCUCGUACUCGUCGACCUUGUCAAUGGCUUCUGUACCGUUGGUGCUGGUAAUUUGGCCCCGAGGGAACCAGAUAAACAAAUUUCUAAGAUGGUGGAUGAAUCGGUGAGGCUUUGCAAAGCGUUCUGUGAGAAGAAAUGGCCUAUUUUUGCUUUCCUUGAUUGCCAUCACCCGGAUAUUCCUGAACCCCCUUAUCCUCCUCACUGUCUUGCUGGAACAGAUGAAGCAAAGUUGGUUCCCGAGCUGCUGUGGUUGGAAAAUGAACCAAAUGCAACACUCAGGCGCAAAGAAUGCAUUGAUGGAUUCCUUGGUUCAGUUGAAAAAGAUGGCUCUAAUGUCUUCAUUGAUUGGGUGAAGAACAAUCAGUUGAAACAAGUUUUGGUAGCUGGGAUAUGCACUGAUAUAUGCGUGCUGGAUUUUGUCUGUUCAGUUUUGUCUGCAAGAAAUCGCCUUUGGCUUUCUCCUCUGGAAAAUGUGAUUGUGUACUCCCAAGCUUGUGCUACUUAUGAUGUUCCAGUACAUGUCGCCAAAACUAACAAGGAUGUGGUAUCGCAUCCACAGGAGCUGAUGAAUCACAUUGGCCUUUACAUAGCCUGGGGAAGGGGAGCCAAGAUAGCAUCAGAGGUGUUAUUUGAAUAAUUGAAAGAACCUUGAGUGUUAAUAUUAUUGCUUAAGAAGUCUUCUGUGAAGAAUGAUGCUAUUGGUCUGUGAUUGCACUAGUUAGUGUAUUUGAAGUUGGUCUUUCACGGAGGAGGCAUUAAGAGAAAGGAUUACAUAAAUGAUAAAUCUUUUAUGAAGGAGGCAAUAAGAAAAACUAGUGAUAUUUCCAUUGUACUUUAAAUAGAUCUUAUAUAUAAAUGUAUUAGUGUGUAAUUCAAAGCCUAUUUCUCUCGUCUUUU